ACCGGGAUCAAGGAGAAGGACGGUCUGGAUGAGAUGGAUUUUGGAAUGGAUAUUACACUUGCAAGCUGAAGGAUGAAGACAGUGUAAGUGCACAUAGAUAAUAUGAGACAGAUAUACAGAUGCAAUUCCACAGCACAGUCCAAACAAGUGUAUGGAUGCUAGGACUCGAACUGUGGAAGAUCAUCACAUGGCAAGCAGCACAAGGCAGCGCUACAAAUACAUCUAUGUGAAGAUGUCCCCGGUGCUCUUUGGAGUGAUUUUGGCUAAUGCAGUGUUUAAAGGUAUGUGUGAGCCAACUCAAUCAUGGUCAGACAGGGCAGAAAGAGGACUUUUGGAUGUGCCAGACUCUAACCUUCUGAUCCAGAAGGAUGCAGUGUACCAUCUUGUGAACACAUCGUUCACUUUCGAACAGGCUCUGCGUUACUGCCGUGGUCAGUCCAGCGGCCUCACAACCUCAGGGGUCAAAGAGGACGAGGAGGGGGCCCGGAAGUUACUCUCUAAAUUUAGCACGCAGGGCCCAGUUUGGUUUGAAACCAACAAAAAACAGAACCCGACAACUCAUCUGGCCCUUCCCAAACAAAAAACGAUCCUCAGAGGAUUAUCUUUCACGUCUAAGGACGGCUAUGCGCGUGUGAACGCGUCUUUCCCGCCGCUGUCCGCGGUGAGCGUUUGCUUGCGCGUGCAGUGGGACCCGCGGCGAAAUGACGUGUCCACGGUGUUCUCGUACGCAGCGCGCGCUUUCGUCAAUGAAUUCCAGCUGCGCGGAAAGACAGACGACCGAAAAGUCCGCCUAGCGCUUCUCAUUCAAGGACAGCAUCAUCGGCACAAAGCCGAGCUGCCCGUUGAUGGAGAGUGGCACCAUGUUUGCGUCACGUGGCGCUCGAGCGAUGGAUUUUGGGCCAUUUACGUGGACGGGGAAACGGGAGAUUCAGAGAAAGGGAAAGCUCGGGGAAAUGCAAAGGAUAUCCACGGAGACGGGAUAUUUAUAUUGGGCCAAGACCAGGAUACUUUUGGUGGGAAUUUCACGGAGCCGUAUUUUGGAAACUUGACUGAUCUGAGCGUCUGGGGUGAAGCUCUGGAGUUAGAACAGGUGACGGCGCUGCACACCUGCUCACAGCUGACCAAUCACAGAGCCUUAUUCAGAUGGCAGGACUGGAGCCUCACUGUCCAUCAGUCUGUGCAGAAUGUGUCUGCUACACUCACCUGUCCAGGGUCCCUGAAGUCAACAGAGAAACAGGAAGAGGAAUGUGAGGUUUUUAAUGGCUGGCCUGACCGUCAGCCUCAGUACAGCACUGCCCCCUGCACACACACGCUCCCCUUCAUCUGCAGAGUCAGCAAAGGUGUAGUGAAGGGCCCAAUGGCAGUCAUGCAGACUGUAGAGCGCAUGGUGAGCAACCUUAACUCUCUGCUGACGGACGACACAGACAGUGUGCAGAUACACAGUGACAAUAUCAAGCUGCAGGUCCAGCAGAAGCUGCUGUCUGAAGGUUCUCACGUUUCUGUGUUUUGUGGACUGGGUGCGGGAAAUCGUGACUGCAUCUCUGUCCCAGCUGAAAACAUGAAGGAACUACAGAACAAUGGCUUCAAAAAGGUGACUUUACUGAAUACAUGGUACAGCUCUGUGAAAUGUCUCUCAGAGAGAGAGGAGAACAUUACCCUUUCUCCUAUAGUCAGUGAUGGAUCUCAUAGGCAUGUGCGAACAGUCUUGGGCUCGUCGGUCAUCUCGAGUACAGUGCUGGCAGAUGGACAGCCGAUCAGCAUGGCCAUAAACUUCACACUCCAGCACAAGAUUCAGAACAGUUCACGGAAUUUGACACCUAUCUGUUCUUUUUGGGAUUUUGACCUGAUGCCAGAGGGGGGAGGGUGGUCAACAAAGGGCUGCACCUCUAUUUCCACUAAGAAUAACUCAACUUCCUGUUCCUGUAACCACACUACCAACUUUGCCUUGCUGUUACAGAUCUCCGAAGUUCAGCCAAAUCCUGAUCAUCAGACAGGCUUGCAGAUCUUCAGUUUGAUUGGCUCUGGCGUGUCUCUGUGUGGUCUCAUUUUCACAUUUAUUCUCUUUGUGGCUGUUGGCGUUCCAAAGUCAGAUCGGACUACAGUUCACAAAAACCUGAUAGUGGCGCUGGUUGUAGCUCAGUUACUUCUUAUUUUCAGCGACUGGGCUUCGGGAAACCAGGAAGCCUGUUGGCUGGUGACGGCGCUCCUGCAUCUGUUUUUCCUGUCGUCUUUCUGCUGGAUGCUGGUGGAGGGCUUGCUGCUCUGGAGUAAAGUGGUCUCUGUGAACAUCAGCGAGGAGAGGCGGAUGAAGCUGUACUAUGUGCUGGGCUGGGGGCUGCCGGUUGUUAUAGUCGCUGUAACCUUGGCAGCCACUUUGGAUCGGUAUAAAGCACAGCAGUACUGCUGGCUGAACCUUCAGUCGCAUGUUAUUUGGGCUUUUGCAGGGCCUGUGCUCUUUGUUUUGGCCGUCAACGCUGUGGUGCUUUUUCGGGUUGUAAUGGUCACAGUGGCCAGUGCACGUCGCAGAGCCAAAAUGCUGACGCCCAGCUCUGAUUCGAAACUUCACACGCUGGACCUUACCUGGGCAGCGACGAGGCCAGUAUUGAUCCUGUUACCAGUGUUAGGUCUGACCUGGCUGUGUGGAGUGCUGGUGCAUUUAUCUGUUGUCGUGGCCUAUCUGUUCAUCACACUCAAUGCUUUUCAGGGCCUGUAUAUUUUUCUGGUGUAUGCGGUUUACAACAGUGAGGUGCGAAACGCUAUAAGAAGAAUUCAGGACAAGCGAAAAGCUUUGUCAUUUACAAACUGCUCACAGCCUAUCAGCUUCUUGCCCUCCCAGAAAUCUCCCAGUGCUUCAUGGGUACACAGCCUGCCGACUCAUUCCAGCCCAGAGAGCAGCGAGAGCUCGACUCCCAUCACCACUUCCACAGCCAACUCGCUCGUCUUUAAGAACGAACGGUUUAAAGAGGACCAUAUUGUGAAUUUCCCAUUGAAACCAGCCAACAGAAGUCAGGUGGUUCAGCUGACAGCCUUUAAACCCUCAGGCUGUUGAGAGGAAAACUACACACUACAGUUCUGCAUGGACUCGUGACUUAACCUGGGAUGAAGAUGUAGCUCAUUCUGUGGAGGAGCGAACACUGCCUCCUCCGCAAUCCUGCAGGCCGUCUCAUUCCCAGAGCUCAGUCUGUGUUGAGUGAGUAAAAGUUUUCUGAUAAACAUGAAACGACUCUUUCAGCAAAUGUUCAAUGAGACUGCGCUCAGCCCGGAGCGUAAAGAAUUCUCAGCGUUGUGUAUAUGGUCAUCAUUUAAUAAUGUAUAGAUGUUGUCAGAGUACAGAGGCUCACAGUACUAAAAAUGGACAACAUGAGCAUCAUCACACCAUUAAUCGUGACCAGACAACAGAAUGAGUUGUUAGUGAUUUUCGACUUCGGUUGGGAACGAGCAGCCCAUCCGUGGAGAUUUACAUUCAGUAUUUUGCAGAAGAAGAAAACUGUGGACAAUGACACCUAUCAGCUGUUUGAUCUUUCUGUAGAGAUCUAUAUAUCAUUUCAA